GUACAAGGCGAUCGUUAAGUACAAGACGGCGUUUUACUCCUUCUACCUGCCCGUGGCUGCUGCCAUGUACAUGACUGGUAUUGACAGUAAGGAGGAGCACGACAAUGCCAAGGCCAUCUUGCUGGAGAUGGGUGAAUUCUUUCAGAUCCAGGAUGAUUACCUGGACUGCUUCGGGGACCCGGAGCUGACGGGGAAGGUUGGCACUGAUAUCCAGGACAACAAGUGCAGCUGGCUGGUGGUGGAGUGUCUGCGUCGGGUCACGCCUGACCAGAGGCAGAUCCUGGAGGAGAACUACGGCUGCAAGGAGCCUGAGAAGGUGGCAAAGGUGAAGGAGCUCUACGAGACUCUGGGCAUGAGGGCGGCUUUCCAGGAGUACGAGGAGAGCAGCUACCGGCGCCUG